UGCCAAAAGAGUGAUUGAUUCAAUCAGUGGGUUCAGGCAACUGAGCAUUUGGUUCAGACAAUAGGGUUUAGUGUUUUAGCAAUUGAGAAAAACUGUAAUCUUAACAGUAUAAAUAAGUGUGAGAGAGACACCAGAGACAUCAGAGCACCGAGACAACCUGACAUCAGGAUCUUCAUCAAAUCACUUCUGCUGAAAUCUGACCAUGAAGCUGGUUUCAGUCGUCCUCGUCCUGCUGGCCCCUCUGUUGACCAGCUGCCAGCAGCUCGUUCUGCCGGUGGACUGCAGUGACAUUUAUAAUAAUGACAACAGCCGACCCAGUGGAGUGUACACCAUCUAUCCCAUCGGAGCCACGUCUGCUGUCCAGGUGUACUGUGACAUGGAUUCAGAAGGACGGUGGACGGUGUUCCAGAGGAGGAUGGACGGCACGGUGAACUUCUACAGGGGUUGGGAUCAAUACAAGACAGGCUUUGGUAUCGCUGCUGGAGAGUACUGGCUCGGUCUGGAGUCUCUCUACCACCUGACUCAGAAGAAAAGGUACGAGCUGCUGGUCGACAUGGAGGACUUUGAAGGAAACAAAGCGUUCGCUCUUUACUCCUCAUUCUCCAUUAACACUGAGUGUGACGGAUACAGACUGAAUGUUUCUGGAUUCACUGAUGGAGGAGCAGGAGACUCCCUGAAAGUUCACAAUGGACAGAAGUUCUCCACCUUCGAUAAAGAACAGGACUCUGAUGUAGCAAGGCACUGUGCCAGAACAUUCUUGGGGGCGUUCUGGUACAACGGAUGUUUCUUAGCAAAUCCAAACGGUGUUUAUCGUUGGGGGUUUGACAGCACUCUCUUUGCUGUUGGGGUGGAGUGGGACACUUGGAAAGGUGAUGACUACUCCCUGAAGGCCAUCAGCAUGAAGAUCCGUCCUGUGCUGUAGUUCUCCAGGACCAACGUACAGCAGAAUAUCAGCUCAUCUCUUCUGAUUUCUUUCUCUCAUUAAGCAUUUAAUUUCACAACCGGUUUUAAACUGAUGUUUGUAAAUCUUGUUACUAGGGUUGGGUACUGAAACGCUGUGCCAAUAGGGCACUGGUUCCGACGUAAAUGGUAGUAGCAAGACCAAAUAACAACAAAUUUCGGUGCCUGAUUCUUUUAUUUAUUUAUUUUUUUCCCAGAAGAAACGCUGUACAGGACGCUAUGUCACCGUUAGCUAGUAGCUGGAUUAAACCCAAUGGUUAAAAUGCUAACAGCUUACGUUAAGCGGUGUAAAGUGUGACUGUAUUUCCCUGUAGAGGAUCCCGACCCCGUGAUGUAAUAGUAUGUCUGCCGCUGUCGGAAAAACAACACAGACGGUGCAUUUACUUGAAACUCUCCUCGCCAGCCUCAUGCUGCAUUCAAAGUUAUUGUAAAUUACCCUUUUCUCAUUUGGUGCUUGUUUUUAGUUGUUUAACAGCAAUUGACUGCUGAAAUAAGUCAUUGUUAUUACAUUAUUAAUCAAUCACAUGGCCUCAGCAACAAGCUGUUCUUUAAUGUUGCGAACUGU